GUCGUGCGUGGUCCUGCAACCCGACGAGACUGAGUUUCCCCGGACAGAUCCUCUGAAGGUGAAACAAGAGUAGUUGAAGAAAGUAGCUGGAGUCUCAGCCUAACCAUGAAAAGGAAGGCUAAAAGUGGGGAUAUUGCCAGCUUUUUUGCAAAAAAAAUUCAAAAAAGUACACAGGAGGAAGAGCGUGAGGGAAAUGAAGGAGAAGGCAGUAAACUGGAGAGACCAGGAGGGUCAGAGCAGGAGAAGACAGAAGGGGACAAGGAAAUAAGUGACGGAGAAGAGGAAAUAAGUGAAGGAGAUGAGGAAAUAAGUGAAGGAGAUGAGGAAAAAGAAGAAUCAGUGAGGGAUGAAGAGGAGGCUCAAGAUUCAGAGAGAGGGACAGAGGCAGGGAGGGAUCAGGAGGAGGAAGAUGACAGAGAUGAAGAGGGUAGACCUGCAAUUCCCCCUGGACCACAUGUUCCCUGUGGCUCAGUUAACAUUUCGAAAGAGAUGAAGAAGAAAGAGAACAUCAACGUGCCUUGGGUGAUGUGUGAAAAACUGCUGCCAACUAAAGACACAGGUUGUUUCUUCACAUUCCUCCUGAUGUCACGCAUCUCUCUGCCUUUGGAUCUUCUACCCACAUCUGCCUGCAACAUCAGUGAGUGUUGGACUCCACCUCAUGAGUGCCUUGUUCCACCAUCUGCCAUAGACAUGCUGUCCACCAUAUUCAGGCAAGACCAGAUGUAG